AUGGCUGACGGGCUCAUUUCCAUGCUACUGGAUCGGCUAACUUCAACAGCUUACGAAUACGUAGCAGAAGAGGUGAAACUUGUUUUGAACGUCACCAAAGAAGUUGAAGAUUUCGCUGCCAAACUCAUAGGCAUUCAAGCUGUUCUCGAAGAUGCGGAGCAAAUACAAGUGAAGAAGGCCAGUGUCAGAAUCUGGUUGGAUAAGUUGAAGAACAUAUCCUUCGAGAUGGUGGACGUGCUGGACGAGUGGAAUACUGAUGUCCUGAGACAACAAGUUGAGCAGCAAGAACGAGAAGCUGAAAAUGCUGUUGUUCUUGAGAAGAAGAAGAAGAAGAAGAAGAAGGUAACUUUCUCUGCUUCCUCUAGUUGCUUUUGUUUUCGCAAAGCUAGAGAGGUAAUCUUUCGCCAUGACAUUGUGCUUAAGAUAAAAGAUCUGAACGAUAGGCUAAGUGUGAUAGAUGAGCAAAGAAGAAACACGCUUGUGUUUCAACUCAAUGAAAACGGCAUUCAACAAGUACCUAAACGACAAGAGACUUCUCACUUUGUUGACAUGUCCAAGGUUUUUGGUCGAGAAAAAGAAAAAGAUUUUUUGAUAACAAAGUUGUUGAGUGAUGGUAGAGAAGACCAUAGGGGGGUCCUUGUCAUCCCUGUUUUAGGGAUGGGAGGAAUGGGUAAGACAACCUUGACCCAACUAGUUUAUCAUGAUGACAAUGUUAUUGCCUAUUUUGAAAAGAGAGUGUGGGUUUGUGUCUCAGAUCCUUUUGAUGUGAUUAAGAUUGUCAAAGCAAUAACCGGUGAUAACACUCCAAGUUCAAAUGAUCAGUUGAGCCAUGUCUUGGAGUGUACGUCAAAAUCCAUCGAGGGCAAGAGAUUUCUCAUUGUUCUAGAUGAUGUGUGGACUCAUGAUCAUGAAAAGUGGGAACAGUUAAGGGUACCACUUGUCCAAAGUGGUGCUAAAGGUAGUAGAAUACUGGUAACCACAAGACAACGUGAUGUUGUUGAUACGAUGAGAGCAACAAGUGACAUGAUCAAUCUAGGAGAGUUGAGUAACGAAUAUUGUUUGUCAAUCUUCAACCACAUGGUAUUUUUUGGUAGGCAUGUAGAUGAGUCUAAGGCGUUUGAAGAUAUUAGUAAGAAAAUGGUGGAGAAAUGUAAGGGUUUGCCUCUCGUUGCAAAAGCUUUAGGCAGUCUCAUGCAUAACAAGAGAACGAAGAAGGAAUGGCUAGGUGUCUUGAAUAGUAAGAUAUGGGAUCGAGAAGAGAUGGAGCAAAAAGUUUUCCAACCACUGCUACUAAGUUAUUAUGAUUUGGCCCCAUCAAUUAAAUCUUGUCUUUUAUAUUGUGCUAGUUUUCCUAAAGAUUAUAAGUUUGAGAGAGAAGACUUGAUUAAUCUUUGGAUGGCACAAGAUUAUCUUAAUUCAAAAGAGAAUAAAGAUAAGGGAGAAAUUGGUGAAGCAUUUUUUGAUAACUUAAAAGUACAAUCCUUUUUUCAAGAUUUUGAGAAAGAUAGUGUCAAGGGUAAAAUUAUGGGCUGCAAAAUGCAUGAUAUCGUUCAUGACUUUGUACAAUGUCUCACCAAGAACGAAUGUUUGAUCAACGACGUUGAAGGUGUUGGUAAUGAACUAGAGGUUUUGGGUGAAAAGGUUCACCAUUUGACGUUAGUGUUGGAACAUGGUAAGCCAUUCCAACCAUCUAAUGCACAUCACAAUUGCAAAAAUCUAUGUACGCUCACAAUUCUUUAUUCAUACUUCAGACUCAAAUUUUAUUCUACAACAAAAAUGUCUUAG